AUGGUGUACGGAUCUCGAGUACCCAAUUAUCGUCGUUCAAAAACUUUCGCCAUAAUGAGUUUUCUCCCACAUAUUAAAUUAACCAUGCCUUCCGCAUCAGGUUUCAUUCUCAGCACAGUCCUUGGCCUUGCGGCCAGAAGAUUGCAAAUCCAGAUCGUCGGCAAACCUACCGUUGCCUCAUGGAACUCCGUUCAAGGCUACGCACUUUCCGUAUCUGCUUUCACAACUGGAUACUUAAUCUGUGAACACUUUGUCGAAAGAAACAGACAAUUAUUGACGAGAAGACUACUCCAGUUACGUGAACAAAGAUCACAAUUGAAUUCAUUCCAGGACUUUGACUUGGAUGCGGAACACAGACUCACUGCACAAAUGAGAACGUCUAGAUUCUUCGAGUUGUUUGAGAAGAUGGGAGAGGCCUACAAAUAG